CUAGCACAUGUCGGCACAUGUCGAUAUGUUAGUGAUAGAAUCGGUUCGUACAAGUGACCCUGCUAGUGGGGAUUAUACACUAGUAAAUCGUGUGCCUGCCAGUGGGAAGUUUAAUACACUGGCCAUGACCUAUAGAGGAGACGUCUAUUUCGUUCCCGUACUGUAUCCAUUUUGUGUGAUUGCACAUGUUGGCAUGCUAUAAGUUUAAUAAGGGGCACUCCAUAUUUACUUACUGAGUUUAUCUCAUAGUUUUUCCUUGUCCACCAUUUCAGGAAGUGAAACUGAGGACGGGGAAACCACAGGAAGUGACGAGUUAGAAAGCUAGCCAUUUCGAGAUUGAUAUAGAUUUUAGAAAUAAAUUGUGAUUUUGUAAGCUAGAGUGUAUUUGGAGAUUUAUGGUAUCGGAGAAAUUUUAAAGAUUU